AUGAGUAACAUGGUGACAGAGAUUUUGGCCUUUAUUCUGACCACGUCUGGCUGGGUCCUGAUCUCCUCCACCAUACCCACGGAUUACUGGAAGGUGUCCUCUCUGGAUGGCACGGUCAUCACCACAGCUACCUUCUGGUCUAACCUGUGGAAGGCCUGUGUCACUGAUUCAACAGGAGUCUCCAACUGCAAGGACUUUCCCUCCAUGCUGGCACUGGACGGUCUGCUCAAAGUUUAUUUUUUGUCAUUGGGAAAGUGUCUUAUAGCAGCUGCUUUACACGCUUGAGAGGGCCUACUGGCCUGCGGUGAUACAAUACACAGCUUUGAAACUGUAAGAGCUCCUUAUAUGAGCCAAUUAUUGUGAUUCUAAUGUCCUCAUUGUAUAAAUGUAUAGUUAUCCCAAUUUUUUGUUCCAGAUGAUCAAGUGAUUACAUCUCAAUGCAUUCAUUAUGCAUGGACUAGUUGUAAAAGCUUGUUACAUGGAUUGUAUUCAAUUUCGUGGGCGCUAAUGAAAGUGCAGUCUGCAGGCUAGCAGUGUUUCAGCAUCUGGUCAGCGUGUCUCAGAUGAGGGUCAGUGGAUCUGCCACCUCAGUGUAACUGUGCCACAGUUCAAUUUCAAGCUCAUUACUUGGAAAAAGAAGGGCUCAUUACUUGGAAAGAGAAGGGCUCAGAGCUUGCCAGUGCUAAUAGAUUUUGGGGGAAGGCACAAUGCAAGUUUUCUCCCAGGGACAACUCAUCUACCUUCAGAGAUGUCAAUGUUUAGCCUAACUUCAUGGGAGUUGAAGGCUAUAAAUUAAAUUUACUGGGAGCUUGGGGCUUUCUCCCAUGGCUGGCUAAUUUCUGGGGUUAACCACCAAGCUAAUAUUUGCCUGUUAAUCACAUCUCAAAGGCAGCUCCAAUUUCAAGACUACAAAAAAAAAAUGUUUUAUUGUCACAUACACCGGAUAGGUGCAGUGAAAUGUGUUGUUUUACAGGGUCUGCCAUAGUAGUACGGUGCCCCUGGAGCAAAUUAAGGUUAAGUGCCUUGCUCAAGGGCACAUCGACAGAUUAGCAUAUCUCUUUACUUAGAAACAAUUACUGGUUGUGCUUACAAAUUACAGUUUAUGCGUACUGAACCAAUGUGUUGCUUGCACAGUUAGCUGAGCAAAUGAAAAGUGAAAUCUAAGCAAGCCUAAAUAUCUUAUAUUGAGUGAUAAUUCACUUAAAAUGUGUUUUUUUACUACCAAGCUACAAUAUUGGCAAUAUAUUUUAGCUUAAUAAGACGAUUAAGGUAAAAUAUCUUGAAAUAAGAUAAAUUACUUAUUUUAAACUUUAAAAAAGGCUUAAUACAAGCAAAAUUAUUAAAAUAAGCAAAAUUAUCUGCCAAUGACGUUAGAUAAUUUAGCUUUCACUUUUUGCUGUGUUGUGAUCCUGUAUGGUAUGUGGGUGUAAUGAGAUGGGGAGGGCAUUGGGGGAAAUGGCUGGGGUACAUUUAGCUAUUGAGAAUGCUUUUGACUAUGCUUAUAACUACAGCUGACCAUACAUCAAAUCAAGAUGCAUGGCCUAAAGGUAUGUGUAACAGAUGUCUGACAUGGUCCACGUUUGUUCUUCCAGGCUACAUCCAGGCCUGCCGGGGUCUGAUGAUCACUGCUGUCUGUUUGGGCUUCUUUGGUGCUGUCUUCGCCUUGGUCGGAAUGAAGUGCACCAAGAUUGGGGGAUCAGACCAAAGCAAAGCCAGGACAGCUUGCAUCGCCGGGGUCAAUUUCAUACUCAGCGGUAACUAUCAUGCCACAGCCAUUGAUCAAAUCAAAUCAAAUCAAGUUUUAUUGAUAUACAACAGGUGUAGACAUUACAGUGAAAUGCUUACUUACAGCCCUUAACCAACAAUGCAUUUAUUUUUAAAUAAAAAAGUAAAAUAAAACAACAACAAAAAAGUGUUGAGAAAAAAAGAGCAGAAGUAAAAUAAAAUAACAGUAGGGAGGCUAUAUAGGGGGGUACCGGUGCAGAGUCAAUGUGCGGGGGCACCAGCUAGUUGAGGUAAUAUGUACAUGUGGGUAGAGUUAAAGUGACGCAUAAAUAAUUAACAGAGUAGCAGCAGCGUAAAAAGAUGGGGUGGGGGGGCAGUGCAAAUAGUCUGGGUAGCCAUGAUUAGCUGUUCAGGAGUCUUAUGGCUUGGGGGUAGAAGCUGUUGAGAAGUCUUUUGGACCUAGACUUGGCACUCCGGUACCGCUUGCCGUGCGGUAGCAGAGAGAACAGUCUAUGACUAGGGUGGCUGGAGUCUUUGACAAUUUUGAGGGCCUUCCUCUGACACCGCCUGUUAUAGAGGUCCUGGACGGCAGGAAGCUUGGCCCCAGUGAUGUACUGGGCCGUACGCACUACCCUCUGUAGUGCCUUGCGGUCGGAGGCCAAGCAGUUGCCAUACCAGGCGGGGAUGCAACCAGUCAGGAUGCUCUCGAUGGUGCAGCUGUAGAAUUCUUUGAGGAUCUGAGGACCCAUGCCAAAUAUUUUCAGUCUCCUGAGGGGGAAUAGGCUUUGUCGUGCCCUCGUCACGACUGUCUUGGUGGGUUUGGACCAUGAUAGUUUGUUGGUGAUGUGGACACCAAGGAACUUGAAGCUCUCAACCUGUUCCACUACAGCCCUGUUGAAUUGAUGUUACCAAGUCUGCAGCACUGAACGUUAUUUUCUUCUCUGCAGGUCUCUGCUCGUUGUCUGCAUGCUCCCUGUAUGCACACAGGAUAACAUCUGAGUUUUUUAACCCCAUGUUUGUCGCUCAGAAGUGAGUAACUAAUUUGAUGUAUAGGAUCAGACAUACAGCAGUGACACACAUGAUCCUGGAUGAAGUAAUACUGCUGUUAAUUAACCCGUCUCCUUUGUUCUCCUGUUUUCCAGGUAUGAACUGGGAGUUGCCUUGUUCAUUGGUUGGGCAGGAUCUAUCCUUUGUAUUCUGGGAGGGGUGAUAUUCUGCUUCUCAAUAGCAGAUAGUUCCACUACAAGGUAAGUCAUACAGUUCAUUAAUGAUGUGUAAUGAUAUUUGGUCAAUUACAUGUUUGGUUUACUUAACAUUUUUCUCUCUCUCUCUCUCUCUCUCUCUCUCUCUCUCUCUCUCUCUCUCUCUCUCUCUCUCUCUCUCUCUCUCUCUCUCUCUCUCUCGCUCUAUCUCUAUCCUCUAGUCACACAGGCUAUGCCUACAGAGGAGCUACCUCUGCCUCUCAUGUCUCUUCCCAUCCUAGAGGGCAUGCACAGCCCAUGAGCCAGAGGCCUCCACCAGAGUACAGUAGCUCUUCUAGAGUACAGCACUUUGAUAAGAAUGCCUAUGUAUAA